AUGGCCACAACCACCGCAACUCCCUCCCAUCUCUCUACACCCGUUACUCAGAACUACUCCUUCAACUCUCGUCCGCGAACUACCAUCUCUUUUUGGCACCGGCCCACUUACCCGCCAGCCUCUGCAUUGCCCAUAAACUGCCAUUUUGUUGCUCCUUCAUGGAAUACAGUCAAGCUUAACUGUAGAAUAGUGUGCAAGGCAACUGAGGUAUCGGUGACUGAAGAGUCACCCUCUUCUGGUGGAGAGAAUUGGGUUCCGGUGGUGCCACUGGCUGCCCUGCCUAAGGGAGAAAGAAGAGUGAUUAUUCAAGAUGGAGAGAAUAUACUGUUGUUAUGGUAUAAAGAUCAGGUUUAUGCUAUUGAGAAUCGGUCUCCUGCAGAAGGGGCUUAUACAGAAGGUCUGCUUAAUGCCAAGCUGACUCAGGAUGGUUGUAUAGUUUGCCCAACAACUGAUAGCACUUUUGAUCUUCGGACUGGAGCCAUCAAAGAAUGGUAUCCAAAAAACCCUGUGCUCCGAGCUCUCACACCUGCUCUGAGAACACUUUUUGUGUAUCCUGUAAAAACUGAUGAAGAAAAUAUUUACAUCAGUAUCAAAGGAGAUGAAAAAUCCGAUGCGUCUGCUGAGAUCGUCUUCAGUGGGAAGGCUCAACCUGGUGUGACAGCAAGUGAUGUCAAUGUGGAUGAGGUGAGAAUGGUAAUUGAUGAGGAUCAAGAGGGGUUUGGUUUCAGCAGCAAGAAUGAAUUGAUAAAUGGGAAAGCAGCCAUAAUUGGCUUCUUGGUUUUGAUAGAUUUUGAACUCUUGACUGGUAAAGGUCUUCUCAAGGGAACAGGAUUCUUGGACUUCCUAUAUUCUGUUACUAAUGCUUUCAAUUAG